AUUAAUAAACUCAUUCCAGUGGUGUUUGGGAUCAUAACAGCGGUCGGCACGAUAGGCAACUUAAUUGUCAUCGCGACAAUAAUCUACAACAGACACCUGGCGACAACCACCACAGACGUUUUGAUCGCCAGCUUAGCAGUUGCCGAUCUGAUGUUUGUCAUUAUCUGCGUGCCAUUCACGGCCGUUCGAUUCGUCACCGGGUGGCCUUUGGGUAGAUUUUUAUGCAUCGGACACGUGUACGGAGUGUAUCUGAACGCCUACGCAAGCGUGUACACCAUGGUCCUCAUGGCCGUCGAUCGGUACUUGGCCAUCGUGCACCCCUUCGACUCCAUAAAAUGGCGCACCCCUACAAAUGCUCUGAUCGCCACACUGCUCGUUUGGCUCGUUCUCAUCGUCUGCAACUCACCUCUACUCUGGGAAAUUGAUACUUUCUACCAAGAGGGGUUGUACUUGUGCGACUUUGUCAACUACAAUAACAUGGAGGACCGGACGUUCGUGCAGACCUUCCACUCGACCUUCUUCCUCUUCUGCUUCUUCAUCCCACUGACCGCCAUCACGAUCCUCUACGGCCUGCUGCACAGAAACCUCAAAAGAGGAAUGCACAGACAUCCAAGGAACCUACCUCAAAACAAACUCUUGCAAAAGAGGCGCAACAAACAUAAAAGAGUUACCGGGAUGUUGAUCGCUGUGGUCGUCACGUUCGCCGCAUGCUGGCUGCCCAUUCAAAUCUGCUUCCUCAUCGUCGCUUUCACAAAUUAUAAUGACAACAAUGCUGUGAUCAUCAUAAAGCUGCUGAGCAACUGCGUGGCUUACAUGAACAGCUGUCUCAACCCAUUCCUCUACGCCUUCUUCUCGCAGGACUUCAGGGACUCC